UGGAGAUGGAGAGUGAAAUUCGCGUCGCGAGCACUUCCUGGAUUUAUUUAUAAGGAUCAUGUGCUUCAUUGUCACAGUCCGUAUCCGUAUGAUCUUGGAAUACGCAGCGUGGUUUAACACUUGUUUUUAGUCUUGUUUGUUUUGAGAAUCAGUUUUUCUUAAGUGUGUGAUAAUACGUCCGGAGGUUCAUCUUGCGCAGCCAUUCAACGCCAAACUUCUGCAGGGCUGCUGAUCUACAGCGGAGUCUCGCUCCGUUUCGAGGACAAAAUGCCUCAGACGCCACCCUUUCCAGUGAUGUAUGGAUCCAAUGGAUACAACAAGAAUCUCUAUAAGGCCAAGGAAGAGGACUAUGAAGGCUUGUAUUACCAUGACAACAACCUGAUAUCUGGGUCCUUGGAGGCUCUUAUUGAGCACUUGGUUCCUACAGUGGCGUACUAUCCAGAUAGGACAUACAUCUUCACAUUCCUGCUUAGCUCCCGUCUCUUUCUUCACCCAUUUGAGCUGAUGUCCAAAGUGUGCCAUUUGUGUGUGGACCAGCAGAGACUCAGUGAUCCUCAGGCAGACAAGGCAAGAGUCAGGAAAAUUGCUCCCAAGAUCCUGCAGUUGCUGACUGAGUGGACGGAGACGUUCCCUUAUGACUUCAGGGAUGAGAGGAUGAUGAAGAGCCUGAAGGAACUAACACAUCGUCUGAGCAAUGGGGAGGAUCUGUAUCGUAAGGCGGUGCAACAGAUGACUCAAACGCUGAUCCGUAAGCUCACCACACUGAGCCAGUAUGAAGAGGCUCUGGCCAAGAUCAACUCCUCGGUGACGGACAGACUAACUGUGCUGAAGACCAAACCACAGUCCAUCCAGAGAGACAUUCUGACCAUCUGCAACGACCCCUUCACCCUGGCACAACAACUCACACACAUUGAACUGGAAAGACUGAGCUACAUCGGACCGGAGGAGUUUGUUCAGGCAUUUGUUCAGAAAGACCCUCUUGAUAACGACAAGAAUUGCUUCAGUGAUCACAAGAAAGCAAGUAACCUGGAGGCUUACGUGGAGUGGUUCAACAGGCUCAGCUACCUGGUGGCGACUGAGAUCUGCAUGCCAGUCAAGAAGAAACAUCGUGCUCGAGUCAUCGAGUUCUUCAUCGACGUGGCACGAGAAUGCUUCAACAUUGGCAACUUCAACUCGCUCAUGGCCAUCAUUACCGGGAUGAACAUGAGUCCUGUGUCGCGACUAAAGAAAACCUGGGCCAAAGUUAAAACCGCCAAAUUUGAUAUACUGGAGCACCAGAUGGAUCCUUCCAGCAAUUUUUACAACUACAGGACAGCAUUGCGCGGAGCCACUCAGAGAUCCAUCACUGCUCACAGCAGCAGAGAGAAGAUUGUUAUCCCUUUCUUCAGCCUCUUGAUUAAAGACAUUUACUUCCUCAAUGAAGGAUGUGCCAACAGGCUCCCGAACGGACAUGUGAAUUUUGAGAAAUUCUGGGAACUGGCCAAACAGGUGAUGGAGUUCAUGACUUGGAAGAAGGUGGAGUGUCCUUUCGACAGAGACCGCAAGAUUCUGCAGUACCUCCUGACCGCUCCAGUCUUCAGUGAAGAUGCUUUGUAUCUGGCGUCAUACGAGAGCGAAGGGCCCGAGAACAACAUGGAGAAAGACCGAUGGAAAUCUCUCAGGUCAUCUUUGCUGAGCAGGACAUAAUCCUGUGAGGAGCUCCAAAUCAAGUGAACCUUCUAACAAGCAAGCUGUGUCCCCCUUUUGCCUCCUUCCAAAAGUGAGAAGUAUCCCUGUUUUUCAAGGGAGAUGACAAUCCAUAUUUUGCUGAACGGCGCAUUUUUGUGUUGGAAAGAAGAUCUUUUUGAGAGUCUUUCAUACUGGAUAUUUCAGGCUUUUUCAUCUCUUUGUGCAAACUUUUGUACUCCUUGCACCCCCCCCCCCCC